ACAACAUCAAAUUGUAUGCCGUUAAAUAGUCUCGGUUGUCGAGAGCAUAUAGAGUCAAAGUGAGAGAAAUAACUCGUAGCUUGUGACAGGUAAAUACAGCCAGUGAACCGAGACGGGGGUUUGUAUUUGGUGAUUAACUCUUUGUACCUGUACAGGUAUUUAAGCACGGGUAACCCUGUGGGAACGAUGACCUCACUGACGUGAAACACCUUCAAUUUGAUUUACCGUUUACUUGUGUUAUACCUGUGCAUCUACCUGAGUAGGAUAUAAAGUGAUCUACCGUAGUAAGAAAGGAGUGAACGUUUAGUAUGAUUUGACGCGAAUUUCUAAAAGAAAAGAAUUGAGAAGCGGUGUAACUUUUAGACUCUCUAACUUUCGUAGAAAAGGUGAUGGUUUCAUCUUGAAAGAAUGUGAACGAUUGAACUAUUAAAACCUAUAGGACCGUUAUGCGAAUUCUGGUUACUUGGAGUGGAAUUAUAUAUUAAAGUACUGAAUUAUAAACUUAGUAGACUUUGUGUAUGUAUUUGAGAGACUAUGGCUAUUAUUACCAAGUUUUUGUGUUGGCCCAAUACACGUGUGGGAAGUGCUGUGUGUGGAUAUUAUACACUGGUGAUAUCAGUGGUAUGUUUGGGAUUUUAUCUGUUUAGAUACAUAGCUUUAGAUGCCAUCAGUAAAUCUAUAGAAUUUAAAGGAAUUAUAUAUGCUGGGUUUUUUCUGUAUUCGUUGUUAAUAGCUGUAUCUUUAAUAUUACUACCCGGUGUUUAUAUGGAUAAGCGUUUACUGAUGUUACCAUGGAUCUAUAUAUUAGUUGUAACUGUUUUAUAUGAAACUGGCGCUGUUGCUCUUCUAACAACAGUUCAUCUAGAAUAUGAAAAGAAAUUACAGCCGUGGGAGAUUAUAGCCGUUUGUUUUUAUAUGGUGCGCCUUGUUGCUAAUUGUUAUUGUUUUGCAUGUGUUGUGUCACAGUAUCAGGAGUUAACGGAGGGAAGGGGGACGUAUGAUUUUCUUUAUAAACAGCCAAACAGUACUGAACCAGAUCCUGAGAUGUACACGCCACCUCUCGGGGCUAAUCUACCACCUUACACUUAUGAAGAUCAGCAUAAAGAAUAUAGUCCACCAGAUUAUGAUAAUUUAUCCUUUGAGAAUGACGACGUGUUUACAACAGCGACGUCUGCGUGCGUUCAUAAUGAAUGUCGUCACGAACUUUUAAGUGACAUAUCAGAUUGCUGUGCUCCAGAAGUGAUGACACCAUCAGAUGUGUAUAGAUGUGAAUAUGACGUGUUACAAACUGCUCUAUCUGGUUCUGUGAUAACACAGCCUAUUGAUGACGUGGUGGUUCCUGGUGUAGAUUAUCAGAUGACUACACAUUUAACUUGGAUAUAGAAUAAGUGCAGUCAUUUAUAUUAGAUUACGAUUAAAUAGUGCAAUGUUUUUAUUUUGUUUCUACUCAAAAUAAACGGGAUUCAAUAUCGACUUAAUCAAACCAUAGCAACACGGCAACUGCCCGGGUCGCACUAGUUCUUCGCAGACUAGGAACAAACAACAGCAUAGUUUGUAGCAUUACUUGGUUAAGUAUACAAUUAUUAUAGACACUGAUUUGGCGUGAUGUACGACCUGGCAAUCCUAUACAAUCGAAAUCAUUUUUGUAUAAGAAUCAAAAAAAUUUCUGUGAUAUGUGACAAAAGUUUUAGUCCGAAUUAACGAACAACUUCAUUCGUUUUGGACGGAGACUGGGUGUGUAUGAAAUAACUUUAUUUAGCAUUGAACUUAUAUACUGUUUUAUAAGACUUUUUUCACAUUUGUUUACAUAAGCGAGAAUGUAAAUGUCUUUUUUUUAACGGCUGUGAGCGGGUUUUUAUAUUCAUUUGUUAUCAUAGCAUUACCUGAUUUCGUUCCUGGUGUGUGCUUUGAAACAAAUCAUUGUAAAAUUUUAUUCAAUAAUUCGUAUGAGUGUAUAUCAGUAAGAAUCGGAGAUCCCGAGAUGGAAUCCACCUUAUGAUCCAUCCAUAGCAAAAAUUUACCAGGUAAAGCACGUGUGAAUUCGAGUAGCGCUGGGGCCCAGUUUCUGGUCCAAAAAUAUCGUCGGUGAGUUAGAAAUUGGGUUGAGAACCUGCGUGCCUGUGGUAUUUCCUCGUCUUUGAAAAUAUUGUGGUUGAAUCGGAAUUGUGUUGAGAACCUGAGUGCCUGUGGUAUUUCCUCAUCUUUGAAAGAAUCUCUGUAACUAGAAGAGUCCUUUAUUAUAUGACAGAUCUAAAUUAUAUAGUGCAAUAUAUUAAGAUAGUAUUAAUUAUUUGUAUUACAUAUCAGUUUGCGAUUGUAACAGAAUAUGGAUUAAGACUGAUAAUUCUUUUCACAAAUAUUGAUCUAUUUAUAGUAAUUCUUUUCAUUCCAUUUUUCCCCCCUGUUUUCAAGAAGAGUGUUUGUAAAUUUACAUCAGGUUUUAUGGAUCAUUUAUUAUUUUGAGGCGGAAGGAUCAGGGAGGAAACAUGAGUUAGGAAGAAAUCAACAAAGAAAAUGAAGUCA